GAAGUACACGUGUGUUUAGCUCAGCCGGCAAUCCCGGAAACAGGCAGGAUCGCCAUGGCUGCGUCGGAGAUUGCAGCUCCUUUGGUCGACUGGGCUCCGGGGGAACCUCUUCCCGAGUGGGAUUCUCUUCUCUUUGAUGAAAUUGGUGAUCUGAUAGGGGAUCAUGAACUUCAACUCGAUUUAGAGAAUGAAACUUAUGAAAACAGCUUUUGUGAACUUGACUUCGAUUUAGAUCUGAUGUCUUGGGACUCAGAUCCAACAGAUACUUCAAAGCAGACUUCAACAGUUGCAGACUAUAAGGUGGAGCCUCUCUCACCAGCUACUUCAACAGAUUCAGUUCCAUCUCCUUUGUCUGUGGAUUCUCCAGUUCAGCAUGUCCCUGAAGAUGUAGACUUGGGUUCAAGUUCCCAAUCAUCUCCUGUAUCUUUGUAUGGAAAGGACUUCCCAAGCACCUGUUUGUAUACAGAACAAAAAGAGAAGAAGCCCCUGUCUAAAAGCAAGCAGUGCUCAGCAAAUAGAUUAUCAGCAACUCCAAAUCGAUGUCACCCACGAGUUUCCAAACCUUUGAUUCAGCCCAAGCCUCUUUUGCCUGCUUUUCGGAAGUCUCAGAGUCCCCUCAGCGUCCAGGCUAAAGCUAUUGUCAUUCCAGCUUUUCCAACACUUGUGACUCUGCCAAAGCAGCAACCAGUUGUUUCUAUCCAGCCAGCACCUCCUAAAGGCCAACCAGUGGUGCUUUCUCAUUCUGCCGUGGCACAUCUUCAGACUCCUGGAAUCCUCCCUCCCACCAGCCCAACCAUUGCCAUCACUGGUGAACUUGCAUCCCUGCCAGGCCAUACUGUCAAUAUAUUGCCACAAAUUACUGGGGAAAGUCUUGCUAGUGCAAGCACAGCAGAGGCUAAGACUGCUCUUCGUGCUACUUCUGAAAACAUUGGCAUGAAUAUAAAUGUUCUGAAAAAACAGCAACGGAUGAUAAAAAAUCGAGAAUCAGCAUGUCAGUCACGCAGGAAAAAAAAGGAAUACCUGUUGAGCUUGGAGGCUAGGCUAAAUGUGGCCUUGUUGGAGAACGACCGCCUGAAGCGAGAGAAUGGCUCCCUGAAGAGGCAGUUGGAUGAAUUGGCAGAAGAGAACCAGAAUCUCAAGAGCCCCUCUCCAAAGAGAAGAGCAAUCUGCGUGCUGAUGCUGCUGGCUUUUGUAAUGUGGAAUCAUGAUAAACUACGGGUGCUUGAAUGGACCCCUGAUUCUGAAGAACUUCAUACCAACCCUGCUUACCAGAGCAGACAUCUUCUUGAAUUCUCUGGAGGUGCACCUCAGCAAAAAGAUGGCAGGGACAUUGAUCGGUUACAGCAUCCUGUUUCAGAUAAUAAGGCACUCAUGGUACUUACCGAGGAGCCAAUAUUGUACAUCUCUCCAAAACCUUGCAAGCCAUGGAUCAACCGCACUGAGUCACUCAGGUUGAGUCAUGAGCUGCGAGGCUGGGUCCAUAGACAUGAAGCAGAAAGGUCAAGAUCAAGGAAAAUGUCAACAAAUCUUGAGCAAAAAGCUCAAACUGUCCAGAACCCAUCAGGAAAAAAUCGAAAUUCUGAGCUGAUGGCCCUCCCCUACACAAGCGGCAGUGCUCAGAAUGCUGGGAGUGAAUUACAGGUUUAUUACACUCCACUACGAAAUUCCCAGGAUUUCUUGGAUGCAAUUCACAGAAGAGGAGAUACUUUCUAUGUGGUGUCAUUUCGCAGGGAUCACUUGUUGUUGCCUGCUACUACCCAUAAUAAGACCAGAAGACCAAAGAUGUCAAUAGUGUUACCAGCAAUAAACAUCAGUGACAAAAUCAUUAAUGACCAAGGCUAUGAAGUCAUGAUGCAGAUAGACUGUGAAGUGAUGGACACCAGGAUUUUGCACAUCAAAAACUCUUCCAUACCGCCCUACCUUCGAGAACAGCAAAGGAAUCACACUUCCUUCUACAGUUCUCCCGCAACCGUCCCAGAGGCAGCCCCUGUUAUGAGAGUUUGAUCCCUUUCUUGGACUUGGGGACUGUUUUUUGUUCUUUCCUGUGUCUUGCUUGUAAAGGAACUGAAGCAGGAAGAGGAACUGAAGCUGGGUGGCUCCUUCUCCUUGGCAGAAAUGGACCUUUGCACUAAUUCCACCAAUUUGCCAUUCCCAGCCAAUGGAGAAGAAGCCAUCCACUACAGAAAACACCUAUGACCAGAGGGGCCAGAUAAUCUUGCACCAACUUCACUUAACCUAUUUGUAGAUGAUCUUGAAUAUGUCUUAAUGGACCCCAAUAUUUAUUUGCCCAAACUUAGACAUAGGAACGUUUCCACUUUU